CGACUAUUUAACUACACAACAUUAAAAAAUUGAAGCAAUAAAAAGUUUCUCUUUGAUUCUUGAUAUAUAUACAAAGAGAUAUUAGAUUUAACUAUAUAUUUACCAUUUUUGUUGCAUUGUUUAUAUAAUUCACAAAUUUUUUGAGCAUGAUUUUCUAAUCAUAAAUUUUCUACAGCUAUACUCACUAUUAUCAGUUUUUUUCCAAAGCUAACUUUUCCAAACUAUAAAGAAUAAAAUCGGGAGAAAUGAGUCAGGACUUUCUGAAGGAGCAGGAGCGGAUCUCGUUGGCAGAAGAGUUGAUGGACUUGGCUCUGAUGGCCAAGGGGACCCAGAAGUUGUUCGCUCUCAUCAAUAAAGAGUGUGUGUUUGACCUCGAGAAGCUGCAGAGUAAACUGAAUGGCCUGACGAAGGCAGAGAGAGAUGCACUUGAAACCAAACAGUUAUUCGACGUGGUGAACGAUCUAACUAAGAAGAAGAAAGAAGCAGAUCUUCUGGCAGCCCAGCAACUAGAAGCACUCAGGGCCGCCGAGGCAGAACAGCAGCGACUGCGAGAACUCAUGGCGGCUCAGGGGGACGAAAAAGACGGCGAACAAACGAAACUUCUAGAAGAACUGCAGGAAAUGUUUGACGCAGAACGUGAACAACUUAUGGCCGAGAACGAAGAGGAGAAGCAAAAAGAGUUAGAAAAGGCGCGAAAAGCAGCCGAGGCUGAAAGAGAAAAAAUGCGAAAAGAACACGAAAAACUUCAAGCUCAACUGAACUCUAAAUUUGGAAGUCUAGGAGACAAGUUAGGUCGGGCGGAAGCGGAAAAAGCCGACCUUGAAGCCGAAUUAGAAAAACGAGACGAUCAAUUGAGUCGUGCCGAAACCGAGAUGGCCGAGUUGCAAUCGGAGAUGGAGAACCGAGAGGCGAAGAUGAACGAACGACUAGCUGAAGCCGAGAAACGAAUAAAGGAAGCACAGAAGCGCGCCAGUGACGCUGCGAAGAAACGAGAAAAAGAACUGGAAGACCAAAUUCGAAAACUUCAGCUCUCUCUGGACGAGUCUGCGGCGCGUUUGGCAGAGUUGGAGAGUAGCCAGAGCAUGGCUAAGCUGGGAGAGAUGGAGGAGAAGAUAGGGAAACUGUAUUGGGUCAACAAGGAACUUAUCUCACAAAUCAGAGAGAGGGACUCACAAGCGAAGCGAUUGCAGGGUGACUACGUGAGUCUGCAGCAGGAGGACCAGCUGAAGAACCUGCACAUAGACACUCUGGAUGCAAAGGGGAGGGAGAAGGAGCACCAGAGGGACAUCCUGCUCAUGACCAAGAAGGAACUGGAACAAACCAACGCACGUCUGGACAAACUAACUGAGGAUCACAAACAUCAACUAGACAAGAGCCAGAAAGAAUUGGACGUGUUGAAGCAGGUACUGGACCAGAAGAACUGUGAGUUAGAACAGAUGCACUCUCUGGCCCAGAAUUGGAAACCCAAAGUAGAACAGCUGGGCGAGAGGGAGAUGGAACUCAUGCAAGUAAAGAAUGAGCUUCAGAGAGUUCAACUGUCCUUUUUGAAGGUGAAGGAGGAGUUGGAGAAGGAGGGGAGAAGGAGGGAAGUGAUGAGUGAGGAGAGGGAGAGGGAGAGGGAGAAGAGACAGAAGAAUGACUCACAACUGCAGCUCCAACUGGACACUCUCAAGAAACAAGUGGAGAAGACCAAGAGAGAUCACAGGAGCAAAGAGGGUAAAUCAACAGAAUUAUUUUUUGCCCUGGAGGCCAGAGAAAACGAGAUCAAAUGCCUGAGAAGCCGAAUCAACGACCUAGAAAUUUACCUAACCAAAUCCAUAGCCAUCAAUAAACAGUUGGAGCGAGGAACUUUAGAUGUCAGGCUUUCGAAAUCAAUGAUGGAAUAGCACAAUAAGGACUCGCAAUUGUGUCAAUUUGAUAUUAAAACCAGUUUAUAAAUAAGCUUUUACUUUCGACAUCAAAAUAGAAACCUUAAUCAUCACCUUAGUAACAAUAACUGUGAUAAAGCUUUACAGUUCGAUUAUCUAGCCACUUAUGUGAAUUAAACCGUUCAUUUUGUAGUUUUAUAAAUAACGAAUAUUUUCAAAUUUUUUA